UAAGACUCUGAAAACUAAAAAAAUACAGGUUGUACAGCUUAUUUACUUAGACCAAAACUGUCUUGGCCGAACUCAGCAUUACAAGGCUGACUUUUACAGAACCAAGCUUCCAAAUGCAGUGCAACAAGCUGCAAAAGAUCACACAGCUCUGACUUGGACUCCUCAGCCCAUCACACCUUCAAAGGCAGCUUUACUCGUGUCCAUAUGCGUUAUUCAGUCCAGACGCCCCACAUGCUUUUUACAGGUCUUGAAGAUUACAAGGCCAGGGGAACACAAGCAUCACCCUAUUUUACUGUCUCCUUUUACACUGAAUUUGCAGAGAGCAAGGAUCUGGUACUGAUCCGUGGGGAUGUCGUAUUUACCAGCAAGCUUACUGAUUCAGAGGCAGAAUGGCUUUUGGAAACUGCUCAGUCUUUUUAUUUGAAUGAUGCAAGGUACAAGCUGGUUGAGAGGUUCAACAAAGAGACACGUGAUUUUGAGUUCAAAGAUGUCUUGCAAAUACUGAACAUGCCUAUUUUGUAACCUUUUUUGAAUUGAACAACUGCUAAACUAACAGCGUGCAGAAGGGAGGAAUUGGAUCGGAUGAAAUUGCAAACGAAAGGAUAGGAAGAACAGUACCUUUUUCAUUAUUUAGUCAUAUUCUUUUUGCACAAGGAAGAGUGGUCUUGGGACUGAGCUCCUCUUAUAUUGUUAGUCCUUAGAUUCAGUCUUUGUUUUCUUUUGCCUGCUGAUUCAAAUAAAUUAGAUCUUGUAUUGGACUCACUGCUUCAAAAAACAUUUACAAACAAACAGGUAAAAAUAGAAAAAGAAGUUUUGUUUUUGUCAGUUUGUAUUUGAUACAUAUAUUUCAGGCAUUUUCACAGGGGUCAUGGACUUAACACCUCCCUCAAAGCAACAUAAAACUACAGAGGAAGAUUUUAAAGUACUGUUGGAAUGGAUGUUACCAUUGCAAUUAAACACCCUAAUUUCUUUUAAAUUGCUGCAUUGGAAACUCAAUUAUAGUUUCAACCAUAAAUUGCAUCUGUCCAUAAUUGUAACUAUAACACGCCGUUCAUUGAUAAGAUUAUAAUUUGAGUUCACAUUCCACUCAUAAAUGGUGGUAACUUCAAUUUGAUGUUCUGUGCUUAUAGCCAUGACAAUGACACACAGAAAGUAUCUCACCAGAGACAGAAAAU